CAGGCCAUUAUUGGGCAGUGCGGCCCCUCACGCCGUCCCGCCCGGUGCUCGCCCGGCUCGGAGCUUCCGGCGACGUCCAGGCCAGGUCGCGGCGGUGCCACCACGGGCGGCCCCUGGCAGGGCAGCAGCUCGAAUCCCUUGUGGCGUGGCGUCUCUGUCGGCUCCGGGGGUACCCCGAAAUGCCAACAGCUCCUCAGGCAUCGAAGCCGAAGUCAAAGGACCCUUAGAACCUGGGAGAGUGUCAUGGAGCACAAGACCGAGGACAAGGACCGGCAGCGGCACAGCCUGACCUUGCUGAACCGGCUGAGGCGCAUGCGCGACUCGGCCGAGAUGGUGGACGUGGUGCUGGUGGCGGAGGAGGAGCGCUUCCCCUGCCACCGCGUGGUCCUGGCGGCCUUCAGCCCCUACUUCAAGGCCAUGUUCUCGUGCGGGCUGCUGGAGUGCGCGCAGCGGGAGGUGGCGCUGCACGACGUCCCGGCCCAGGGCGUGGCCGCGGUGCUGUCCUACAUGUACAGCGCGGCCCUGGACCUCAGCCCCGCCACCGUGCAGGCCGUGGCCACGGCGGCCCGCUUCCUGCAGGUGGACGAGCUCUUCGCCGUCUGCCAGCGGUUCCUGGCCGAGCACAUGGACGCCGCCAACUGCGUGGGCAUCUACCGCUUCGCCAAGCUGCUGGGCGCCGAGGACCUGCUCGAUCGCUCCAGGAGGUUCCUGCACCAGCACUUCGCCGAGGUCAGCCUCCACGAGGAGAUCCUGGAGGUGGACCUGCACCACCUCCUGGCCCUGGUGCAGUCGGACGAGCUCAACGUGACCCGGGAGGAGGGCGUCCUGGACCUGGUGCUGCGCUGGGUCGCCCGGGACCAGGAGGCGCGCGCCCCGCACCUGGCCCAACUCCUGCAGCAGGUGCGCCUGGAGCUGGUGGCCCCGGCCUUCCUGAGGGAGGCCCUGCGCAGGAACACCCUGCUGCUCAGCGACGCCGGCUGCAUCGACCUGCUCCAGGGCGCCUUCAAGGCCCUCCGCGCGCCCCCCCAGCGCGCCCCGCACCUGCGCUACGGCAUGGAGACCACCAGCCUCCUGCUCUGCAUCGGCAACGACCCCUCGGGCAUCCGCUCGCGGCACAGGAACUACGGGGACGCCAGCUUCUGCUACGACCCCGUGGCCAGGAAGACCUACUUCAUCUCGUCUCCCAAAUACGGGGAGGGUCUGGGGACCGUGUGCGCUGGCGUGGUCCUGGCCGACAACACCCUGAUCGUGGCCGGGGAGGCCACGGCCUCCAGGCUCUCGAGACAAAGGAGCAAGAACGUGGAGAUCUACAGGUACCGUGACGGAGGCAGCCCGUGUUGGGAGAAGCUGGCCUCCACCGAGUUCCGGGAGCUGUAUGCUCUGGGCAGCGUCCACAAGGACCUCUAUGUGGUCGGAGGCCAGAUGAAAGUCAAAAACCAGUACCUCGUCACCAACUGUGUGGACAGGUACUCCGUGGAGCGCGACACCUGGAAGAGAGUGUCCCCCCUCCCGCUGCAGCUGGCCUGCCACGCCGUGGUGACCGUGGGGGAGCAGCUCUAUGUGAUCGGGGGCUGGACCCCGCAGAUGGAUCGCCCCGACGAGGAGCCUGACCGGUUGAGCCACAGGCUCCUGCAGUACGACCCGGGCCAGGAUCGAUGGCGGGAGCGGGCGCCCAUGCAGUACGCCAAGUACCGCUUCAGCACGGCCGUCCUCCACGGGGAGAUCUAUGUGCUGGGGGGAAUCGGCUGUGUGGGUCGAGACCAGGGCCAGGUGCGGAAGUGCCUGGACGUGGUGGAGAUCUACAACCCCGACGGGGACUUCUGGAGGGAGGGCCCGCCCAUGCCCAGUCCCCUGCUCUCCCUCCGAACCAACGCCAGCAGCGCAGGCGCCGUGGACGGCAAGCUCUACGUCUGCGGGGGAUUCCACGGAGCAGAUCGCCACGAGGUCAUCUCCAAAGAGAUCCUGGAGCUGGACCCUUGGGAGAACCAGUGGAACGUGGUGGCCGUCAACGUCCUCAUGCACGACAGCUACGACGUGUGCCUAGUGGCCAGGAUGAACCCCCGGGACCUCAUCCCGCCCCCCUCGGACCUGGUGGACGAAGACGGUGGGCACCGAGGCCCGUGAGGGUGCCGGGCCUCCGCCGGGCCUCCACUGGGCCUCCGCUGGGCCUCCGCAGAUCACUCCGCCCUCCGGCAGGUGGCAGCCGAGGGCGGCAUGUUGUCGUGUGUUGCGCGCAUAGUGACCUCUGUGCAGAGCAGCGUGUGCUGGGCGCCGGGAGCCGGGUAGAGAGACGGCGGGGAGGAGGAGGAGGAGGAAUGGUCCCAUGGUGACGUCACGGGAAAGGCCGUGCAAAGGCCCUGAGGCAGGGAAGUCCACCAACCCCAGCCAGGAACAGCCUUGGCAAGAACGACUGCCCGCCAGCCGCCCCCGGGCCCCAGUGUGGGGACGUGGAAUCGCCCCUUCCGCCCACAGUGGAGCCCAGCGAGUCACCCUUCGAGUGUAUUUUAGGGGUGACAUUUUAAAUGACGCGGGAAGGCCAUCCGUGUUGCUGCCGUCCGUGUUUCCAGAAGCCGGGCAGAUGCGUCCGGGUAGCUCUUCCUCUGUGGCUCCUUCCGGCGCUGCCCAGGGCUCCUGGGUCAGUGGGUGACUUCCCUGGGCUGUCUCCUGCGCGGGCUGUGACAGUCGGGACCGUCCUCCUGGGUCCCCGCAGCUGCUGGCCCUGGCAGGAGAGGCAGCCCCUAAAGGAGCCUGUUGGGAAUCUGUUUCUGCCCCCGGAAAAGGGGGACCCAGGAGGCUCAGUGUGGCCUGUCCCCAAGGAAGACCCUAGGACGCAGGGGCCAGGUCUGUCUCUUCAGGGUUGUCCCCAGCGUGUUGUCCUACCUGUCACCUGGGUGGAUCUCUGGGUAGCCAGAAAGGGACAGCACUUGUAAGACACAGGGCUUGGUCUCUGAGUGGGUCUGUGACUCGAAAUGAGCUCAUUCUAGCCAGGCCGGUGGCCCACGCCUGUCAGCCCAGCAGCUGGGGAGGCUGAGGCAGGAGGACCGCAAGGUGGAGGCCAGCCUCAACAACUCGUGAAGCCUUGAGCAACUCAGCGAGACCCUGUCUCUAAAUAAAAUAUAAACAGGGGCUGGACGGGCUCCGGGGUGAAGUGUCCCUGGGUUCAAUCCCUGGCGCCAAAAGAAACGUCCCUUCUGCUCCCGACUGGAGGGUCACACGCUGCCACUUCCUCUUCUACUGUGAGGCCGCCGGCUCCUUUGGUCAGUCUGGGCUGAGGAUCAGCUUCCGAGUGCCCCCACGCCCCCAGGUUCCCUGUCUGGGAACCCCUGCUCUUAUCCCCCCAGAACAUUCUGGAAGCCUCCCCCUUGUCCUGGGUCCGGGAGGCCAUGCUGGGGGAUCCUUGGUGCAACUACUCUGCUCAGCACCUGCAGUGGACAGGGCUCCCUGGGUGUCCCCCUCCCCCCUGGAGGAUGGAGGGGAAAGACCUAAGCUGUGCCCAAGAGCUGGCCUGGAGCAGGAGGCGGAGGCCGCACCAGGGCUCCCAGAAGCGCCAGAGCAGCAAACAGCGUGUCGCUGUGUCGCCGACGUCGUCGUCAUUAUUAUUAUUUAUUUAUUUAUUUAUUUUUGAACCCAGGGGUGCUUAACCCCUGAGCCCCGUCCCC